AUGAUAAGUAUAAAAUCUGCUGUUAUCCAGCAAUUCAAGAUCUCAAAGAAGCACGUAUCGUUGCUUCAUAAAAAUUCAUUCUCCAUAGCUAGCUAUUUAAAGCAACAGCAAUUACAUUAUGCUGGUGGUGAUUUGUUGAAGAAUUUCACAGAUGAACAUGCUCACAAGUUGGUAGAUGUGUCCAAGGUUCUUGUUAUUGGUUCGGGUGGUUUAUCUAUUGGUCAAGCUGGGGAAUUUGACUAUUCUGGUUCCCAAGCUAUUAAAGCUUUAAAAGAAGCCAACAAGCAAUCAAUUUUGAUUAAUCCAAAUAUUGCUACAAACCAAACUUCUCAUUCCUUGGCUGAUGAAAUCUAUUACUUACCUGUUACCGCUGAAUAUAUCACUUAUAUCAUUGAACGAGAGAGACCUGAUGGUAUUUUAUUGACCUUUGGUGGUCAAACUGGGUUGAAUGUUGGUGUUCAAUUGGACAAAAUGGGUGUCUUUGAUAGAUACGGUGUUAAAGUCUUGGGAACACCAAUCAAAACCUUGGAAACUUCUGAAGAUCGUGACUUGUUUGCUCGUGCCUUGAAGGAAAUUGAUAUUCCAAUUGCUGAAUCUAUUGCUGUUGAAUCUGUUGAUGACGCAUUGGAGGCUGCUAGAAAUGUCGGAUAUCCAAUUAUUGUUCGUUCUGCUUAUUCUCUUGGUGGUUUGGGUUCAGGUUUUGCUGCCAACGAAGAAGAGUUAAGAAACUUGGCUGCUCAAUCACUUUCAUUAGCUCCUCAAAUUUUGGUUGAAAAAUCUUUGAAGGGUUGGAAAGAAGUUGAAUAUGAAGUUGUCCGUGAUCGUGUUGGUAACUGUAUCACAGUCUGUAAUAUGGAAAAUUUUGAUCCAUUGGGUAUCCAUACUGGUGAUUCCAUUGUUGUUGCUCCUUCUCAAACUUUAUCAGAUGAAGAAUACCACAUGUUAAGAUCUGCUGCUAUCAAAAUUAUUAGACACUUGGGCGUUGUUGGUGAAUGUAAUGUUCAAUAUGCUUUACAGCCAGAUGGUUUGGAUUUCAGAGUCAUUGAAGUCAAUGCUCGUUUGUCACGUUCUUCUGCUUUGGCUUCCAAAGCCACUGGUUAUCCAUUAGCUUAUACUGCUGCUAAAAUUGCACUUGGUCAUACUUUACCAGAAUUGCCAAAUCCAGUUACUAAAACCACUACUGCUAAUUUCGAACCUUCUUUGGAUUAUAUGGUUACUAAAAUUCCUAGAUGGGAUUUGUCCAAAUUCCAACACGUUAAACGUGAUAUUGGAUCCGCUAUGAAAUCUGUUGGUGAAGUUAUGGCUAUUGGUAGAAACUUUGAAGAAUCAUUCCAAAAGGCUAUUAGACAAAUUGACCCUUCAUACAUUGGUUUCCAAGGUGAUCAUUUUGAAAACUUAGACGAAGCUUUGGCCAACCCAACUGAUAGAAGAUGGUUAGCUGUUGGACAAGCAUUAUUGCACGAAAACUAUACUGUUGAUCAAGUCCAUGAAUUAACUAAAAUUGAUAAAUGGUUCUUGCACAAAUUGAUGAACAUUGUUAACAUGUACCGUGAAUUAGAAGCUAAUGGUCACAUUUCCAUCAUUAAUAGAGACUUGAUGAGUCGUGCUAAGAAAUUGGGUUUUUCUGAUAAGCAAAUUGGUUUGUGUGUCGGUGCUGAUGAAUUAGAAGUCAGAAGAGUCAGAAAAGAAUUUGGUAUUGUUCCAUUUGUUAAAAAGAUUGAUACUUUGGCAGCUGAGUUUCCAGCAAACACCAACUAUUUGUACACUACUUAUAAUGCAACUAGCUCUGAUAUUGAUUUCAAUGAUAAAGGUACUAUGGUUUUGGGAUCUGGUGUUUACAGAAUUGGUUCUUCUGUUGAAUUCGAUUGGUGUGCUGUUUCUACUGCCCGUGCAUUGAGAGAAAGUGGGCACAAGACCAUCAUGAUUAACUACAACCCAGAAACCGUUUCUACUGAUUUUGAUGAAGUAGACAGAUUAUACUUUGAAGAAUUAUCUUUGGAAAGAGUUUUGGAUAUCUACGAAUUGGAACAUGCUGAAGGUGUUGUUGUUUCUGUUGGUGGCCAAUUACCACAAAAUAUUGCUCUUUCUUUGCAAAACCAAGGUUGUAACGUUUUAGGUACUAACCCUGAAGAUAUUGACAAGGCUGAAGAUCGUCACAAGUUCUCUCAAAUCUUGGACUCCAUUGGUGUUGACCAGCCAGCUUGGAAAGAAUUGACAUCUGUCAAAGAAGCCGAAGAUUUUGCCGAUGAAGUUGGUUACCCAGUCUUGGUUCGUCCAUCUUAUGUUUUAUCUGGUGCUGCAAUGUCUGUUAUUAACAACAAGGGUGAAUUGGAAGCUAAAUUAUCCAAUGCUUCUAAGGUUUCACGUGAUCAUCCGGUCGUUAUCUCCAAAUUUAUUCAAGGUGCCCAAGAAAUUGAUAUUGAUGGUGUUGCCAGUGAUGGUACUGUUUUAGUUCAUGCGGUUUCUGAGCAUGUUGAAAAUGCCGGUGUCCAUUCUGGUGAUGCUACUUUGGUUUUGCCACCACAAGCUUUAUCCCAAACUUUAUUGGAUCGUUUGAAAGAAAUUUCCGACAAGGUUGCUGAAGCUUGGAAGAUUACUGGUCCUUUCAAUAUGCAAAUUAUCAAGAAUGAUCAAAACGGUGCUUUAGAUGAUGCUAAUUGUGAGUUGAAGGUCAUUGAAUGUAACAUUCGUGCUUCUCGUUCUUUCCCAUUUGUUUCCAAAGUUUUAGGUGUUAACUUUAUUGAAGUCGCAGUUAAAGCUUUGAUUAAAGAAAAUGUUCCAGAACCAGUCAAUUUAAUGAACAAGAAAUACGAUCGAGUUGCUACCAAAGUUCCACAAUUUUCUUUCACCAGAUUGGCAGGUGCUGAUCCAUUCUUGGGUGUUGAAAUGUCAUCUACUGGUGAAAUUGCUUGUUUUGGUAAGAAUUUGACUGAAGCGUACUGGACCUCUAUUCAAUCAACUAUGAACUUCCAUCUUCCAAAACCAGGUCAGGGUAUCUUAUUUGGUGGUGAUUUGACUAAUGAAAAAUUAGGAAACGUAGCAAAACAAAUUACUGGAUUGGGUUACAAAUUUUAUACUGCUAGUGAACCAGUUGCAAACUACUUGAAGAACUAUGUUAAUGAAGUUGUUGAAAUUAUUGAAUUUCCAAAGACAGAUAAGCGUGCUUUGAGAGAAAUUUUCCAAGAUAAGGAAAUUGGUUGUGUUUUCAAUUUGGCAAGAGCAAGAGCAGAAAACUUGUUGGAUGAAGACUAUGUUAUGAGAAGAAAUGCCAUUGAUUUUGCUAUUCCAUUGUUUAAUGAACCAAAUACUUCAUUGUUGUUUGCCCAAUGUUUGAAAGAAAAGAUUGGUCACAAAGCUUCCUUUGAUGAAUUACCACACAAGGUUGAAGUACCAGAAGAAGUUAGAAGAUGGAGUGAGUUCAUUCAUGGAAAGCCGGUCUAG